UCAUCAUCAGUUCGGUUACAGCUCUCAGCAAUAUGAGAGUAACAACCUUUGUGAUCCUGUGCUGCGCACUGCAGCUAUAUGCAGCUGCAGAUGAUAAUGCAGUUUUGGAUGAAGAUAUGACCCGAUUUUUAGAGGGCAACAAAAACUUUCAAGAGACAACGGAAACAAAAUCUGACGAAGUGAUAAAAAAAAAUGGCACGUUAGUGGAAAGACAAAUAAUAAAAAAAAAAUACGUAGAUAGAUCAGGACAUAAACAUAACAAAUCAGGUGAAAGGAUUACUAAAACUUUCAUAAUAGAGUCAAGUCCUGAUGGUGAAGAAACUAUAUAUGAGACUGAUGUCGUCGAAACGACUGUUGCGGACUCUGACCGAAGCAGAUCAAGCUCAGCAGCAUCGGCAUCGUCGGCUUCUGAAUCUGGAAUCGGAUUUGGAAGUAAUGGAUAUAGCAGCAAUAGUGCCAGAAAUACUGGACUAGGAGGACAGUAUACAAAUGUUUUACGUGCACCAUAUGGACAACAGUCAUCGACAGUCGUAGUUAACAGAGGAGGAUCUAGUUCAAGUUCCUCAAGUUCAGCAUCAUCUUCGGGUGGAUCAGGAGGACGAUAUGGCUCUGGUUCCGGUAGUGCAGCAGCAGCGGCCGCCGCUGCCGCCGCCGCCGCCGCAGCAGGAGCCGAGAGCGAUCUUUUCAGUCGCGGUGGACUUUUGGGUGGUCAGACCGUUGUGAUCAACGAAGGCGGAUCAGGAUCAUCGGGAUCUAGCUCAGCAGCGGCAGCAUCUGCAGCUUCAGCCUCUGGAAGUGGAUCGGGACUCAACCAAUACGGCAGCAAUGAAUACAGUAAUAAUGGAUUCGAAUACAAGGGACUCCGUCCACAAUACCGCAGAGGUGGUGACACUAUCGUUAUAAACAAAGGUGGAUCUUCCUCGUCAGGAUCAUCUGUUGCGUCAGCUUCUUCAGCUGUCUCCUCAGGCAGUGAUUCAAGUUACGAUUCUUCAGACUUGGGACCUAUUGGUUAUGGCGGCGAUGUGCUACUUGCACCUUACGGACAACAGUCAUCCACUGUCAUUAUUAAUAGAGGAGGAUCUGGCUCAACUUCUGAAGCUUACGCUCCUUACACUUACCAAGGAGCACCGUCACCAUUGGUUAUUAUCAACGAACGCAGCUCAAGUGCAUCGUCAUCUUCUGUCAGCUCGGCGAGUGGAAGAGUGAUCGGAAGAGGACGUUCAGGCAUUCGUAGACCUUGUCAGCUUACUCUUGCAUUUAAGGCCUGGCAAGCAGUAGAUGAGAAUGAUAGAGAUUUGAAAAAGAGUAAAAGAGAAGAAUAUAAGAAUUGUAAGCGAUGUGCUAAAAAAACAAUUGCAAUUACUAGGGCACAGGCGCAAAACAAAUUAUACGAAUCUCUGGACAGCCCGCCGGGACAAAAACAUCUGUUCCGUAUUGCAAGAGAAAGAGAAAGAAGUGGAAGAGACAUAAACAAUAUUAGAUGCAUAAAAGACGAUGUAGGAAAGAUAUUGAUGAAUGAUGAUGAUAUUAAAAAGCGAUGGAAGGGAUAUUUUGAAAAACUGAUGAACGAAGAGAAUGUUUGGAGUGGGGUGUUGGAAAACAUACCUAUUAAUAUUGGUAUAGUGAAAGAGAUUAGUGUGGAUGAGGUAAAGAAAGCAGUGCAAGGUAUGAAGAACGGAAAGGCCGUAGGGCCGGAUGGAAUACCAGUGGAAGUAUGGAAGCUGCUAAAGGCUGAUGAUGUUCUGUUUGAAAGUUAA